AUGUCUUCGUCACGAAAUCUUAGAAAAUUUGAGAAAGCAGAAAGCCUUUAUCCCUCGUUAGACCCAAUAUUACAUAGUAAUAAAAGGAAAAUUACAUACACUGGUACACCAUCCUCAUUUAUCGCGUAUCAACCACCAAGAAGCUCGCGAAAGAAAAUAGGUGUAAAGCGUUCUAAUGAAAAAGAACCCUACUCCAUCCCUUUCUGGAGAAGAGAAAGUUCAUGGCUGCUCAUAUACCUCUUGCUGUUUGUCUUGUACAUAACAUUAUAUUGGUGGCCAAAUAUUAAGCUUGGUUUCUGUAAUAACGGAGAAUACAAAAGCGAAGAUUUCUCAUAUUAUAUUGGUGUUUCUUGUACAAAUUGUCCGCCUCACGCGAUUUGUAGCAACGGAAAGUUGAUUGGAUGUGAUUAUGGUUAUAAGAUUGAUAUGUCGCACCCUCUUCUUCAAAGUUUAUAUCCUACUUCGCAAAGAUGUGUACACGAUAAACAACAACCUCAGCGAGUUCGGGAGAUUGUUGAUAUUAUAGACAAUACUCUUUCAUCCGAGGCCGGAAAAUUAGAAUGUAAAGGAGUGACCGGCGAAAACAAAUUUAACUUGAACAUUUUAAAAAUUUUAUUAGAAAAAAGAAUGAGAUUUCAAGAAAGUGACUGGCAAAAAGCAAUAGAAAUAUUGAACAAAACUCGCGAUGGGGUGGAUUUUUUUGAAGAGAGAAAUCAAAUGUAUCUCAAGUCAAAACAUCCUAAACCGCCACUUUACUGCAUAAUAUACAAUUCAGCAGUGUGGGCGCGGACAUAUUACACAAGGAGACGAAGAGAGAAAAAUGAAGAUCAAGAAUACGUGAGACAAAUGGCGAGAUACUUGUAUGGAUGUUUAAAUCAGAAUUCAAAAGAAGGCCGGCCAUUGAUUCUCUUUGAAGCAAAUCAAAAUUGUUUUGAUCAUUAUGGGUUACCAACUAAUCGAUUUAAUCGAAUAUGGCCAAGGGCAGUACAAGAAUUAAAAACUUUUCCUAAUGUGCAAGAAAGAUAUUUUGGUGAAGAUUUAGGUUUUGUAUUACUCGCUGAGUGA